AUAAAAAGCAUUUCAAAGCAAAUAAACAAACAAAAACGAACCAAAAUGGCAAAGGCCGUUGCUCUCGUCUCCGCCCUUUGCAUCCUCGCCGCCGCCGUCGUUGACGCCCACAAGGAAAAGUUUCACGUCGAGGGCGACGUUUACUGCGAUCCUUGCCGCGUCCAGUUUGAGACCGAACUUUCAUAUAAUCUCGCUGGGGCGACGGUGCGAUUGGAAUGCAGAGACAUAGAGACGAAGACGGUGACAUACUCGAUGGAAGGAGUUACCGGGAGCGAUGGGCACUACAGCCUGACGGUAAAGGGGGAUCACGAGAAGGACAUCUGCGAGGUUAUCCCGGUGAAGAGCCCCAAGGCGGAGUGCAGCGAGCCCAUGGGCGACUACGAGAGAGCCAAGAUCGAGUGCACUGAGAACAGCGGUCUCCACAACCCCAUCCGCUACGCUAAUCCUAUUGGCUUCAUGACCCCUGAGAUCCUGCCCGCGUGCGGCCCAAUUCUUGCCAACUUGGCUACUUUCAAUGAAGAAUCCAGUUAAUUCAUUAUUAUUUUCUUUCAUGGGUUUUUUGUUCUUGGACUUUUAUAACACUCUUCAAAUAUAAUAAAAUUCAUUGUGGUUGGAAAAAAAGAUCAUUUAAAGAGAGUAAUAAACAAUGUAGAAAAAGUCCAAAAAUUAAUCAAAACUAAUUGCUCGCCUAUGGUUGCAUCAUUUAAUGUACCAAAUUUUAAAAAACUAGAAAGUAUGAUGU